AUGGAUAUUCGAGACGAUCGGAAUCAUGUUUUCAACAUAACAUUGGCUAAACUAAUGGGUUUAUAUCAAACACUCGAUCCCGGAAGCUUCAAAAUAUGUCGCGGUCAAAGCGUCUACCACGUGGUCGCGGCAUUCAUUGCGCUCUGUUUGUGUGUUUUUGGUAUACUCUUGAACGUUAGCGGUGUGUACUAUUGGACGGACAAUAUGCCUUUAAGUAUAGAUUAUCAUUGGAAAGCCUUCGUAUCGUUGUACUUGUUCUACCAGACGUGCAUCGUCAUCUACUACUCGGACGACAUAUGGAACUGUUUGUCAAUCACGUGCUACGGUUUUACAUCGAAUAGCCUCCGAGACAGGCAUAUACUGGAUCGUUGGAGAGAACAAUCUGUGCUUAUAACGACUAUAUUGCUAGUCACAAACAUCACGUCACUGAUAAUUUACUUUGUUAGUACCCUGGCAUUGUCGAACGAUAUGUUACUGAUCAAAAAUCGCGACGGAUCGGUCAGCAGUUAUCGCCAGAACUUAUUCAAUUUGUAUUUAUUUGCACCCGACGAAACGUACAAUGCACAUUACUAUACGUUUUACUUGGUCGAAGGUUCGUACUUAGUUUCCCUAUCAAUGGCAUUGUGUGUAUUUGAUAUUCUUCUGGUGACACUUUGCUUAGCUAUAAGCUGUCAGAUGGAAAUGAUUUGCACCGCAUUUGAAUCGGUCGGACAUAAAUCGCUUGGCGGCGAUAUUUCCUUAGUUGAUUACAGAGAUGAAAUAAAAGAAACACUUAACGAACAAGACUUAAUAUAUGAUGAAUUGAAAACAAUUAUAAUGGAUCAUCAAGCAGUUAUGAAGAUAUAUGAUGAAUUUUUAAGUAUAUUUGAACGAGUUUUGUUGACACUAGUUAUUGUUUUGUCAAUAAUGUUCAUCGUAGUUUGGUUUUGUUUCAUAAUGAGUUUCUCCGGUGAUGAUAGAUUUAGAAGUUCAGGAAUUUUUACAGUAAAAAUGUUUUGUGCAAUUCCUCCAUACUUGUUUAAAUUAUUUGCGGUGUGUUAUUUAUUUGGAAACUUACACGAUCAAAAAGAUUCAAUAAUAUUCGCACUGUACAGCAGUAAUUGGACCGAAAUGGAUAUGAAGUGUAAACAAUUGAUAUUGUUAACAAUGAAAUUGAAUAAUGCUAACCAAAAAAAAUUAAAAUUUACUAGAACAAAAAUUGUAAACUUGGAAAUGUUUUUUAAGACAACCCGUGAUUCUUAUUCAAUUUUAUCGGUAUUAAUCAAUUAUAUAAAAAAUAAAGUAUGA